AUUGUCCUCAGACUUAAAACAAAUUAAAGUAACAAACCAAAGGUUCUGCCCCAUGUUCACCGGUAAGGAAGACAACCUAGCUGGCAGGCUAACUGUUGUAGUGAAACAGGGCAACAGGGCAUACCCAAUGAAAAGCGUAAUGAGCUUGCAAAAAAAAAUCCAAGUAGCUUGCCUCUUUCCUAUGUAGGAUCUCCAUCCUCUCUUUCUGUAACUUGAGCAAUCUGUCUUAACGAGUUGGCUUUGAGUCAGCAGGAUUGGAACUCUACAGGUUAUGUUUUGAUCAAAACUUGUGAUGGAAUUGCCUUCGACAGAUGUUAACAAAGAAUUUGAACAUGGUGUGGAUACCAGAAGUUAAAAAAGAAUCACUUUUGACGGAUGUUCGAAUUCCAAAACAGUGGGCAUCUUACUUGCGGAGAAACAAGCCCAAUUCAGAAAAACUGGGCGGAAUAUGAUAUAAAACAGAAGAAAAUCAAGCCCAAUUGCCAUCUGCGGGCUUCAGUUGUAUAAACAAAGUGGAAAAGUAAACAUGGGAGAAAAGAGAAGUGCUACUACUGUGGUCAACCUCAGAAAAUCAACAAACCCACUACUCCCGACUUCCCGACCCCCUUUUGCCCUUUGGCUUGAUUUCGUUUCUUGCGGUGCAGAGAGGAGAAGAAGCGUCUCCUUUUGAUUGUUGCGUACUGGCGGGGCGAGUGUACGCAGAGAAGAGAAGAGGAGAGGAGAGAAAUGGCAGGCUUGAUGUACCAGCUAUUCGCGUCAUCCACGCUUCUCACUCUGGGUCUCUACCACCUCAUCUGCACCACCCGUAACUUCCUCAAAUCCCAACAGUUCUACUCCGCCAAGCCUUUCCACCCUUUUCCUUUCUCUUCCAAUCUCCGCCUUAAAUACCUUCCUCUCUACCUUCUCAUUGUCUGCCUUUUCAUUGCCUUUCUGCAUCAAUCCUUCAUCUCCUUCGACCCUGACCCUCUCCUCAAGGGCCGCACACCUGUCCACCGCUUCACCACCCUUCACUCCGCCGCAGUUUUGUUCCUCUUCUUCAUCCUUUCCGUUUCCAUUCUCAUCUCGGAAUCCACUUCCCUCCUUCCUCUCCCAUCGGAUCUCUUCUUCGCGUUAGCCUCCGCUCUCUUCUUCCUCCAGUACUCUGUCUCCACUGCCGCUGCAUCCGUCCAGACAUCUGAUCUCCAAGCCAAAUGCGAUUCCUUGUCGGCCCGCGUCUCCUCUCUGGCUUCCUUGAUGUGUCUGAUUCUGGCUUGCCACCCAAAGCUCUUUAUAGCGGAGGUGGGUUUGGGGGCGGCGCUGUGCUUGCAGGGGCUGUGGGAGCUGCAGACAGGGCUUUCCCUAUAUGUAGAGGCGUUUAUACCGGAAGGGUGCCAUAAGCUGCUGGAUGUUGUGAGCGGAGUGGAGGGGUCCACCAAGUGCGACCUUGACGAGUCCAGGCUGAGGGCUGUGGCCAUUCUGGAUCUGGUGUUCGUGGUUCAUGCCAUGUUUGUGGUCAUCAUUGUGAUGCUCACUUACGCUCUUGUUGCUAAGACAGUUGGGAUGAGGAGACUCGGCUCCUACGAGGCCUUACCUACCAAUGCUGCUGAUUCUAAUCAUAUUCAGAUGAAGGCGUUGACUGGCACCCAAGCCUGAUCCUUUUUCUUUUCUCUUCCUCUGCGCUCUACCCCCUUUUCUUUUUCUGAAUCUUUUUUUCAUUUUUACUCUCUUACUUGGAUUCUUGUUGUUGUGACAUUCAUUUUGAGGAUUAGCGAGGAUAUCAAAGUUUUUAUCUUUUUUGGACACUAUGUAACUUACUACUACUUAAUGAAUUCUGUGUAUACAAGCUGUU